AUGAGGUUGUCAUCUCUCGUGCUGGCCCUCCUCGCAGGAGUGGCUGCGGCCGACACUACGACCUCCGAGUCAUCUACUUCCAGCAAAUCCGAUUCUUCGACGGCCUUGGAUUUAUCGACCGCAUCCACAGUGACCAACCCGUCCACCGUGGCCGUGCCAUCCGGCAAUUAUAUCACCUAUAGCACCACAAUCACCCUCGACAAUGGCAACUCCUCGGUCUUGGUAUCCACGACGACCGCUCCCAAUGCGACAACGACCAGUUCGGGCAACCAGACAAUUGUGACCACCACAUCCGACUCCCUGACAAUUCUGAUGGGCGGCGGCCAUACAACGACCCUUGGCAAUGGGACCAUGAAUGCGACGGCCACCGCGUCGUCCACCUCCACCCAGACACCGGUCGUUAACACUCGCCCGUGCAACAACUAUGCCGAGUUCUGCGCGCGCAACUACUCCAAUAUCACCAUGGUCGCAGCCCAUAACAGCCCGUUCGUGCGUAAAGGAAAUGCGGCCGCAAACCAGGCGCUGGACGUGACGGCCCAACUCGACGAUGGCAUUCGAAUGCUUCAAUUCCAAACUCACUACCAAAAUGGCACCAUGAUGCUCUGCCACACUUCCUGCGAUAUCAUCAAUGUCGGGACUCUCGAGGCCUACCUCACCACAGUCGCCCAAUGGAUGCGCAAAAACCCCUACGACGUAGUCACCAUCCUCAUCGGCAACUAUGACUACGUCUCUCCACAAAACUUCACCGAGCCCAUCAUGAACUCGGGUCUAUAUGACAUGGCCUACACCCCAUCCAAGAUCCCCAUGGGUCUGGACGAUUGGCCCACGCUGUCGGAAAUGAUUCUGACCGGCAAGCGCGCCGUCUUCUUCAUGGACUACCAGGCCAACCAGACAGCCAUCCCGUGGCUGAUGGACGAAUUCUCGCAGAUGUGGGAGACGCCCUUCUCGCCGACAGACGCCAAUUUCCCUUGCACGGAGCAGCGCCCUCCUAAUCUGUCCACCCAGGAUGCUAAGAGUCGCAUGUACAUGGCUAACCACAACCUCAAUCUGGAGCUUAAUCUGGGCUCUUUCAGCCUGUUGAUUCCCAACUCCGCUGUUCUCAACCAGACCAAUGCCGUAAACGGUAAUGGGAGUCUGGGGUGGAUGGCACACAAUUGUACCCGUGACUGGGACCGCCCACCUAACUUCCUGCUGGUCGACUACUACAACUACGGCAACUUCAACGGCUCCGUCUUCGAAGUCGCCGCUGAGAUGAACAACGUGACAUACAACCGUACAUGCUGCGGUCAAGAAUCUGCCGCCGUGCCGGGCAUAUCGGUAACCAGCCUGUCGACAAUGCUGGCUAUCGCGGUCGGUGUCCAGUUCUUCCUAUCUCAAUUCUAG